AUGUCGAUUACGAGACUCGCAAAAGUAGAGACCCAGACCCUCCGUCUCCUCCAACCAACAUACAGAACAACCAAAGCGAUCGACACUUUCAUCCAAGACCAUCCAGUGACCCGUACCCUACGAGCAAAUCCAAAGUUCACCGAGUCACGACCCCAUCUCAACGGUCCCGAAUUGCUUCGAGACCGAAAACUCCUGGCCGGAUCCCUUGCGGGCACACAAAUGAUAUCGGUACCACCCUAUGUAUUCAACGAAACUAACGGCAAACGCAUGGUGAUGAUUCUACAUGUCGGAAGAGAUGUCUGUAGUCAUCCGGGUAUCAUCCACGGCGGUCUGAUAGCGACUUUGAUAGAUGAUACCUUCUGCCGAUGUUGCUCUGCCAUUUUCCCCAAGAGGGUUGGUGUCACGGCUAAUCUGAACGUUGAUUAUCGGAAACCGGCUUUAGCUCAGUCUUAUAUUGUGCUGAAGGCCGAGGUGGCCAAAAUGGAGGGCCGCAAGGCUUGGAUGGAAGGGCGUAUUGAGACGCUUGCACUUGAUGGUGGCGAUCCUUCUCUUUGCGGAGGCUAG